UACGCAUCUUUAUUCAAGUGGACGAGAACUUCGGGUAUCUUUCGGGCGUUUCUGGAGGCGCGCGCAAGGACGUUUGGAGAUCUGAGAGAUGCUUUGCGUGAUCUCCGCUGGCGAUGUCGCUCUAUUUGCGUUCAGAACAAAACUAAGAGAUCAUUUCAAUGACUCAAUGUGCUUAUUCUGAGGACCAAAGGAGACGUUUCUGUAGGAUUCUCAGCGCAGUCCGGAGACGUGAUGUCUACGAGCACUUCUUCCGUGUUCUUGGUAUUGCUGAGUGUGCUUCAGGCAAACAGCCAGACGGAAAUGAAGAGGGUGGUCGGUGACAACGCCACGCUGCCGUGCCACCAUCAGCUGUGGCAGGCCGACAUGUCUCUGCUGGACAUCGAGUGGAUGCUGCAUAAAUCCAGCACACGGCAGAAAGUGUUGAUCACAUACUUUGCGGGUCGAAUCUAUGACCCCAACGAGAGCGAGGCGGGGCGGCUGUCACUGACGGGCGACUACCUGAAGGGCGACGCUUCGCUUAUGAUCAGCGACCUCCUGCUCACCGACUCUGGAGAAUACAUCUGCAAGGUCAAGAACGGAGGGAAGUACCACUGGAACACGGUCAACCUCAUCGUGCUAUUGAAACCGUCAAAACCACGCUGCUGGAUGGAAGGUCGUCUCUUGGAAGGAAGUGAUGUCAGAAUGAGCUGCAAGUCUACAGAUGGUUCUGACCCCAUUAGCUACAAAUGGGAGAGACUGUUGGACAAGGGAAAAUAUGCUGGCAAGCUGCCGCCUUUGGCCCUCAUAGAUCUAAAGAACCCGGAGAUUGUGACGUUGAGAAAUUUGUCAAGGGAAAGCGCGGGUGUCUAUAAAUGCAUGGCCAGCAAUGAUGUCGGGGAGGAAAGCUGCACUCUAGAGGUCAAAGUUCACUAUGUCCGAGGCAUGGGCGUAGUGGCUGGUGCCAUAGUGGGCGUGUCCUUCGGCGUGCUCCUCAUUAUCUUCAUCAUCUGGCUUGUUUUCCGCAAAAAAGAGAAAAAGAAGUAUGAAGAGGAGGAUGCUCCCAAUGAAAUAAGGGAGGAUGCUGAGGCUCCCAAGGCCAAGCUGGUGAAGCCCAAUUCGCUCUCCUCCUCCCGGUCCGGUAGUUCUCGCUCUGGCGCCUCUUCCACGCAGUCUAUGGUGCACAACAGCGCCCCCCGUGUGCCCAGGCCCCGACCGCCCGUUCCAGCUGCCGUCAAGGAGGGCGGACAUCCCGAAAGAUUUUCUCCGGCACCACCGGCGUAUAACCACGUGGUCCCGAAACUUGCAGAGCCUGGCAGCAGCCCCAAACCCAGCCCGGCAAAGCUCAACCCAGGGAACCUGGCAAGGAUGGGCGGCACACCUGUGAUGAUUCCUGCCCAAACCAAGGCAUUCCAGACUGUUUAAGAACACCUGCGGACCAAACACAAAAACACACACACUGCAGUGCGCAGAUCUGAAAUCAGGAAAGUUUUCAUUUCUUCACCAAUUUCUAAUUCUUUGCGGCGAUCAGAUCACCUUGUUUCUAUUUUGAACGUCAAAUCCCUUUUAUGUUUUCUAAUUUGGCGCUGAAGUUGACCUGAAGUGGAGAGGAGGGCUGUGACUUGUUAUGUUGUGUUUGAAGAAACCGAAUCAUAAAUACAGCUCUGCCUUUAUAAAACAUGUACUGCCCAUGUUUGGAUAAAACUGACAGCUUCAAAACUGAAUAAAAAUCGUACUCUCGAGGACUCUCUCCAGCACCCUCUCCUCGCCCCCACAAGGCAUCACACCUGUCACUCAUUUCCUCAGCCAAUUGCCAUUUGCCAGUCACCCCGGCGGGCAUUACACCUCAUCAAGCAAUGGCAGGUCACCUGCCGGGCACAGACGCUACGAUUGGCCCCAAACAUGGAGAACCAACACAACAAUAGAUUUGUUUGAUCCUCUAUAGAGAUAUAAUUAUUCAUCUUUAGUAGGCAUUUAUAAGAAUUGCAUAUAAAUAUUGUGUUUAAGUAUCAACUAGCAGCAUCUAAGUCAUUUGUAAUGUGUGUCAUUCCCUUUAAAACAUUCAUUUAUAGCUGAAAAUGUUUCUUUAUGAUAAUAUAAACAGGAUCUUCAGUAAUGGGGUUGAUUAUGUCGACUGGGAAAUGCUUUGGAUGUUUGGCUCUGGUUGUGAUGUCUGGUAUUUGCAAUUGAAAUCAUCUUGUUGGUGUAUCCCAUUGGAUGCAAGUAAGAUGAGGUCGGCCCAGGCUUUUGAUGCAACAGUAUGUUAGAAACGAAUCGCUCCAUUUUAAAUCCGUCUGAAUGAUUUAAAUGAAACUGAACGAUCGGGCCCAGGCGUUGCAGAUUAACACAGAAUUGGAACGCACAUAAGUUUUCCGAAUCCCAUGCUCCAUGCGUGUUUGUUUAUUCAAAUUUGAUGAUUUUUCAGAUACGGAUGUAGGACUUUCAGGUCAUUUAAAGAUGUUUUAUGACCUCAAUAUUAAUUGCAUACAGAUUUCCCCCCCAAGUAUGUGCAGAAUAUCUGAAAAAUUGAAUGAUCGAUCAAUGAGCUAUCUUUUGAAUGUGUUCAAUAUUAUAUCGCUGGCUUUUGGGGAUUUUCAUUUCUCUUUAAGAUUUUUGCCGUUUUUGCUAACAAUAUAUCAUUAUAUCUGCAGUAGGUUAGAAGCUUUAAAUAGAGUUUUAAUAGCAUUUACUUAUUUCAGCAAUCACUUUUGAAGGGAUAAGUCACCCCGAAAUGAAAAUUCUGUCAUCAUUUACUCACCCUCUUGUCGUGUUAAACCAGUAUGACUUUUCUUUUUCUGCAAAACACAAGAAAUUUUAAAGAAUAUUGCUCCCCAUUCACUUCUUUUGUACGCCAAGCCAAAGUCAACGUGGAACAACGUUUUUCUUUUACCAACAUUCUUCAGAAUAUCAUCUUUUGUGUUCUCCAGAAAAAAGAAAGUCAUAGAGGUCUGAAAUGACAAGAUGAGUAAAUAAUGAGUGAAUUUUCAUUUUGGGGUGAACUAUCCCUUUAAUUUGAUCAGCUCACUAAUGUCAUAUCUAAUCAUUUAUUUUCAGUGUACCCUCUCAUAUUUUUAUGCUUUUGAAAGACUUUUAGUGCUUGUAGGGGUUCCGGAAUCCACGAACACACAACCAGCUGUGUUUUGAGACCACAUUUAUCAACAGCAGGGGACACAACCUCGGUUUCUUCCCCCAAAAGAGACCGUCUUGUUUUUUUUAUUUCUUCAGAAUGAAUUAGAUGGCUGAACAAGAUGUCCGACCUGAUUCAAAGUGACAGAUCGUGUGGGCAAUGCCUUUAAGGACAGAACAAUGUUGUUUUCCUAGACAACCUGGGAAUAUCCCGAUGCUCUACGCAUGGAAAAAGACUUGUCGCAGCCUUUUAUGCUUGAAGAGGCACUAAAGUCUGACCUUAUUUAUCUAAAUCCUUCAAGAACUCUUAGGGUCAGCGCAGAAGAACACAUGGAUGAGCACUGAGUUUCAUUGAUUUAGCCCACAGCCUGGGCGUUUCUCCAUCUUUGAAGUCUCUUUCCGCGAACAGGGAAAGUGAGGAGAUGAAGUACUGAAGGGAAAUAUUAGUCCUCCUUCGCCGGCCGCUGUGAUUGUGCUGCUGUUGAUAUGUGCUGAGACGCAUGGUUCAGCUGAGUUUGUGUUUGGUCAGUUCCAGCUGAGCUCUAAUGUUAAACCCCCGCAUACAGUUGCUUGAGAGAAUGUGCAUCUAAACACUAUUGGCAAUGGACCUGCAUGACACAGAUAGCUAGAGAAAGAAGAGUAUUUUGGCUAAAUCCUAUAUCAGUACAUUAUAUUCUAAAAGUCUUAUAAUGAAAAGGUUUUGGGUUCAAAUUUUAUUGAUGUAAAUACAGAUUUUUUCAUUCACAGAACUUUCAACAUACUGAAUAAUGAUUGAAUGAAAUGAUUCCACAGCUGUACUCUCUAUAGUUUAGUCUGGUCAGUCUGGUGUUUUAAGACCGCAUGAGUAAGGACACCACCAGUAUUUUUGUACAUGUUACUGGUAUGUCGAAAGACUAAAGCCUUGUACAUAUUUCCCUUCAUUUCAAAUGUAUAUUUGUACAGUAUCUUAAUGAAUUUCUUUUGGUUUGUAAUAAAGCAUUCAAUGGCAAA